AUGACUUACUUAUUACAGCUUACUGGUAGGAUCCUACUGGCGCUUUGUUGCGUCAGAACAGCAACUGUUUACGCGGGAUUGUUGCCAGAGGCUGUUAGCAACGGUUACCAAUACAACAGACCAACAGCACCAGGAACAACAACAUUUGAUGAAGGAGCUUUUACAGAUCCAACUGGAGUCGGUGAUUAUUCUAACAGAGGAAACAAUGGAUAUCCCAGAGACAGUCCAUCUGAACGUUUGACAUUACCACCCUUUACAACAACGAAAACAACACCAACUAUUAAUUUUGCCAGUGGCAGUGAUAGUGAUGGUGAUAGUGAUAGUGGUAAUUUCAGUGAUAGUGCUACUGGAAGUGUUAAUGCAUUGGAGUUUGGAAGACGAUCUGGCAAUAACUACAGGGGAGAACCGGGAUUUAAAAACGAUUUUUCGAGAGGUAUCGGAUACAAUCAACCAACUCGAGCUAAUACCUUCGAUCUUCCUAAUGGAUACAAUGACAUUCCAAGUUACCAGGGUACAAGAAAUUUUCCCCCUCCUCUUCCUAUUCCUUCUGGUAACAACGAAAUCACUGAUCCUUAUCGUAAUCAGAACAAUCUAAAUGACAACCGACCUCGGCCUUACAACUUUCAAUACCGAGUAUUUGAUCCACCGAGUGGGAACGAUUACGGACAGCAGGAGUCCAGCGAUGGAAAUGUUGUCCGAGGAGAAUAUCGAGUUCUUUUACCAGACUCGAGGACACAAAUCGUUAAAUAUACGGCAGACGACGCUAACGGAUACAACGCAGACGUACAAUACGAGGGUCAAGUACAAUAUCCCAACGGAUUUUUUCCUGGAACUGGAACUGGAACUGGAAUUGGAACUGGAAGUUUUCCGGAUACUUCAGUAGGCUAUAAAUUUCCGGGUUCAGAUUCUGAGGGUCCUUAUCAACCCAUCGAUUUUUCUAGUGUUACUCCCUAUCAAGGUAGAGGAGUUCCUGGAGAUAUAAGAGGUGGCAAUCCAAGAGUUGAUGGUAUUAGAGAAGGAGGAAGAGGACGAGGAGGAAUCGGUGGUGGAGUUGUUGCUAGUGGUGGCGGUGGUGCUGGUGGUAGUGGGUAUAACAGAGGACCCACUGGAAAUAACGGCAUCUUUAGUAGUACCGGCGGUGGCGGUAUUCGGGGUAUUGGCGGUGUUGGCAGUGUUGCCGUAGGCGCUGGUCCUGGGAAUCAAUACUUACCUCCUGGCGGUGGAUUUGGCAAAUGA